AUGAUCUUAACCAGUCGUCAACAGUCGGUGUUGGAAAUGACCUCAUACUACAGCAACCCUACAGAAAUGAAUCUAGCUCGGUGGAAGUUUCUAAAGCAGAAUCUUUCAAAGGAACACCAAAGCUUCACGGACAUCAUGACGCAAGUUUCUCAAAUUCCUGAUUAUCUCCCUUAUUUCACAAUCUCGUUGCAGAUAUUACUGCUGACUGUGCUGUGUUUAAGGGCCGGGUUUUCAGAGGCAAGAAUGGCAUUAGUAAACCGAGAGAAGCUCCAGAUUCCAACUUUCUUGGGAACAGAGACGAUCGUUUCUCUGGCAGAGCCGAAUCCGUGGCUGGGGCCACCAGUACACUUUUUUCUUGAUGCAGGGGCGGUAGUAGCUUCCUGUAUGAGGCCUCUGGAGCUCCUGAAGACCAUCACUGCAAACCAAGGAUAUAGGAUGUUGAUUGAAGAGAACUGGUCUUAUUUCGGCUGCUGUGAAAUGGUCUCUCCACUCAACAGGGCGGGGACAACCACGGAGGCUGAGUGUGACGUAUGGACUUCAGGGGUCGGCAAAUGGACGAGGGGCAUCCUCUGCAGUGACCGGCCAAAGACCAAGAACAGCGUGGCCCACGUCAUCAAGCCAUGUUGUGCGGGUCGCGACGGGGCCUGUAGGAUGAUAUCUCACGAACAUUGUAAUGCAUUAGAUGGAGUUUUUCAUACAGAAUGUGAUCACUGUGUUCAGGUGAACUGUUUAAAAGAGGUGUGCAAACUAACCAGCUUUUCGAAGGAUGAUGUGAUUCAUCUUGGAGACGAUGUUCCCUGGCUGCCUGGACACAACACCAAGUGGCAAUGGUGGCGGUAUCUGUCGGCGAUACCCUUAACUUAUGGGAUCAUUGACUGUGGUAUUCUGAUAUCUAUUGAGUUAAGUAUGAUGAUGCAACUGGAGAAGGCUAUUGGCUGGCACAGAGUGAUGAUUAUCUAUGUGAGCAGCGCAAUAGUAGGAGAAUUGGUUGCAAGCAGGCUGGAGCCUUAUGUUCCACAUGUUGGCUCCACUGCUGGCGUUGCUGGAAUCAUUGGCGUGGCUGUCAUAGAAUUGUUUCAAGCCUGGAGCUUUCUGCAACACCCAUUAUGGGAGGCCUUUAAACUAUUUGCACUGAUUUUCUUCGUAUCAUUUCUGGGGACGUUUUAUCUGAUUAGCGUGGCAUCAUUUUUGACCGGUCUCGUUGUGGGUGCCAUUUUAUGUCUGGUGGUCGUUCCGUACAUAACAUAUGGUCGCCGUCUCGGCUACUUCCGCGCACGUCUUGCCUUGGCAGGUUUCAUUCUCAUUGUCUUAGGCUGUGCAUUGCUUCAGUGGGUGCUUCCGCUUCUUGAAACGUGCGACUUGUGUCUCUCAAUAGAAUGUGUGGCUUAUUCAGAAGGUAUGUGCACUUCGUAUUAUCCAAUUGCACGCGAGGGGACGCCAAGGUGA